CCCCACGCGCGCCGGGCGGGCGCCAUGGAGGAGGGCUCCAGCUCGCCCGUGUCCCCCGUGGACAGCCUGGGCACCAGCGAGGAGGAGCUCGAGCGGCAGCCCAAGCGCUUCGGCCGGAAACGGCGCUACAGCAAGAAGUCGAGCGAAGAUGGCAGCCCGACCCCCGGCAAGCGCGUCAAGAAGGGCAGCCCGAGCGCGCAGUCCUUCGAGGAGCUGCAGAGCCAGCGCAUCCUGGCCAACGUGCGCGAGCGCCAGCGCACCCAGUCGCUCAACGAGGCCUUCGCCGCGCUGCGCAAGAUCAUCCCCACGCUGCCCUCGGACAAGCUCAGCAAGAUCCAGACGCUCAAGCUGGCCGCCAGACUGUCCCGCGGGGCUGAGCGCACGUGGAACUGGGGUGCAUCCGAGUCUGUAACUUCUGAAACCCGAAUGACCUCCGGGAACACCCCCCUCAGUGCUCCAGCACGGCGCCUAGACAAGGGCACAGCGACAGACCCCGGACGGCGCGGCCCCCUCCCCGAGACGGUCCCCACAGAGGAAGUGGUGCUUAUGGUCCUUCUUGCCGCUGACGUGUUCAUUGCCAUCCUCGCCACUGUGUGAGGGUGGGAACAGACCCAGGCUUGGGUUUUAUGUUUUUAUUUUUAUGUUUUGAGGGGGCGGGGAUUUAUUCUUUCUGAAAAUCGCUAAAUUCAGGAACACAUUUACAAGGAUUUUGGAUUUGUAUUUCCCUCUAAGUGCCUUUUUUUUUAGUGUAUAUUUUUAAAAAAUAAGCCAGAAAUGCCUUCCUGUACAAUUCUGUUUCAACUGGACCAAGGCUCUCAGAAAAAGAACUUCGUGCUCCCUUCCCACCCCCAAGCCCCUGCAUGAUUGUUUCAAGGAAGCCUGGAAUUCUUCUCACUUCUCCCCUUUCUCUUUCUUCAUGAUUUGCUAAGCUAACCUUUUUUUUUUUUUCUGUUUCAGUGUAUAUGUUGCUUAUUUGUUUUAUUUAUUGAGAUAUUUUUAACAAGCUCAGUGACUGCAACGUGGCUGUGUAUACUGCUCCCUCCCAGGAACAAUAAAGACGUCCUUGCA